GCGAAAUUUAACAAUUCUCGUUAUUUUCUGAACAUACCUCGUAUGUUGACUCAAUAUUUUAAAUUUGUAAAGACAAAAUACAAAAGAAAUCGCUUCAAUUAUUUUACAUAUUCGUUUAAUUUUUGUUUGUGCAUCCAUUAACUAAUAGAACAAUGAUUUAAUCAAAUUUCUUAACAAUAUUUAUUCAAUAUACGUUUAGUGUUUAUAUACUGAUUUAAAUCAAAUUAACAUUAUCAAAAUAUGUAAGUUUAUGUCAACUAAAUGUUUAUUGUUUUAAUACCAUUAUGAUAUAGUUCAUCCGAAUGGGUUGAAUGAUUCAGGUUAUGCAAUGUGGAUGGCGCCUUUGUAAAUGUGAGAUAAGGGGGAUGGAAAAAAAGUGGCGCAAGUGGCGCAUAGCCAGCACACAGGCGCUCUCUUAUUGAUUUUCGUAAAGGAAUAGUCGACAAGUAUUAAAGCAACAUUCUCCAUACAGUGUGAUUUGUCUUGUUUGUUAGGUGGGGCUCCUAUAAGCUCCGAAAAUUCGAAAUCGAAUUGUUUUUGGAAAAUAGCGAGUCUCCUCAAAACGUUUCCACAACCCUCCUUCUCCUCCAUAGUGUAUAUGGCUUCCCAGCCCAGUCAAAACGUUUAAGUGUUCAACCAUCGAAUCCUGAUGAUUGGUUCAUUUUGGAAUUUGUGCAGAGCUUGCCCAAGCAUGCCAGUGGAUAAGUUACACUCCGAAUAUCGGAGUACCUAUAGAUGGCAUGAGUAUACCGGUCCGCGACAAGAGGUGGUCAGGAAACCUCCUGCAACGGAAAAAUCGAGCGACAUUCACCCAGUGAUGAGGACGAGCGACGACGAUUUCCACACCGAAUCCUUAUCUAACUUGGAACCAGCAAUGCCAAGAAGAAAAAAGUAUCCAGAUUUGGCCUACAGGCAUCACGAGUUUCUUAUAAGCGACGCCGUCAAUGGAGAUUGUUCCAGUGCGGAUAGAGCUAGGUCGGAAGAGAGAGGCCAGCUGGGAUCCACCAGCUGGAGGCCUUCUCGACGAAGCAAGUCGGAAGGUCCUGCGCGUAAUGAGCUCUGCGGCGGCCACGUUAGGGAGCGGGAACCCCGUCGGGAAUCAGACCCUGAUGUGGACAAUACGACCCAUGUAUCGAGAAGAGAGGCUGCCGACUCUGCCCCCAAAAAAUCACAAUCCAUGGGUGCUCUCAAAGCCAAUGCUAACGCUGCUAUGGUCCACAAAAACAGGAAGGACCUCGAGAACAAAGAUGCGAGUGAAUUAGAACCAUUGGUAAGCGAUAGGGGCCAGGAGAAACCCAGGGAGCAACUUCAUUCGGAAUACAAGAAAAAUUAUCGCCCCUUUACCGAAUACGCCGACAAACGCGCCAGGAACAUCUCAUCAACGAGGAAUCAUCCCAACAUUGAAGAGAACGGCAUUCAUGAGGAUUCGGAAAAGGAUAUUUGGUAUCGGCAAGUCGUAGCCUUACGGAAAAAAGCUGGAGAAUACAAGAAUCGCGGUUGGGGAAGUGAACUAGCUCCGGAUAGACUGUCCGAUUUGUACAAUAGGCAAGUGGAAUUGUGGGAUCAAGUUUCUCGUAGGAGUUCGCUUUCCGCCUUAUCUUUGGCCUCGACUCAUAAAGCCUACACGAAGGAGGAGAAGGAGGAAGACAAUAACAAAAAGAGCUCGCCAUCAAAAGCUUAUCGCAACGCUGAAAAUAACGCGCGUAUGAUAAGGGACAUCAUAAGACAUCACCUAGAGAGAACUACUGGAGGUUCAGAAUUAGAUGGUCUAAUUUUGUCACCAACUAGGGAAAAAUUAGAACCAACUAUUCCAAGGAAAGACGACGAUUCAAGAGGGUCUCAAAAAAAUAGCCCCAAGAAAAAUUCUCCAAUGAAGUCUUCAUCGUUAAAAAGAGCCAACCAAAAAGCUACAAAGGCUCGAUCUCAAUCAGUGGGUCCAAUAAUCGACUCAACCGCCGAAAAAAAAUCACCAAAGCGCCAAUCAAGAUCCGCCACAGUUAAGGAAAGAAAAUCAUCAUCUGGAACUCCGUUGACUAAAAGGCCAAGACCUUCAUCCUUGAACACCACAUCCCGAUUUAAAAACAGUACUGUAGCCUCUAAAAAUGAAGACAUCCAAUUGGCUAAAUCAAAUACAAAAUCUCAAACAAGUAGUAUCGAUUCGUCUAAGCAAAAAGUAGGCGCUAAAGACGUAAUAAGAAAAGGAAAUCAAGGAGCUGACGGUGUGAAGGCAGAAGAACCAAACACCAACAAGGAAACAGAAAACGAAGAACACCAACUAGACAGUUUAACUUAUGAACCAGUGGUUAAAUCUCCGCCGGAACCGACUAGAGUUAAAUCGCCCGAACAAAUUUUGAUGAGAUCACCUGAUCCCGUCAACUGGACUGUCCCGCUAGAUACUGGAAAAACGUUUACCGUCACUCAGAAUGUUAGAGAAGGAGAUAUCACUAACAGACCUCGUAGCGAGGUAAACGCCUGGACUCCGCCUGAUAUCCCGCCUCCGGUGGCGCAGUCGGCCCCGCCAACUUUACACGAUCAAAAUAAAGAACAUGGAUUAUCAUAAAUCGGCUGGCCGAUUUAAGCUUACAGUAUUCGAUUUGGUUAUGUUGCUUUAGGUAUGGAAUUGGCGGUUAUUACCGGGCAGGGUCAUCAUUGCACAGGCUAUACUGGGCCUGUCCACGAUAUAGAACCAAAUGAAAUGUGAUAGACAAGAAUUGAGUUCAUCAAGUUUAAAUGCACGGGUCUUUUCCAUAAAAAACCUGACAGGGUAGUAGCCAAAUCAUAAUGUUGCAUUCGAGGCUGUUUAACCUAGUAAAUAUUCAUUCAUAUUUUUGGAAAGAUGUUCAUGUUAUAUUAACAAUAAUAAGUUUCUAUAAAGUAAGAUAUCUCUUAGCGUUUAAGUUUAUCUAAUAAUAAGUGAGGCUUUAACUUCUUCAGCUUCUUUCUAAUGUAUCUUAUGCUCAACAACUAGCAAUCAAAGUUUGAAACAAAAGUAAUAAUUUGAGAGCUAUAACAGUGUUACACUGCCAAGUUCAAAAAAUUAUGAUUUAUUGUUCCUCAUCUAAUCCUACCUAAUUUUAUUUUCUCUUGAAAUAAUUUUAUAUACACAGGGGCGUCCAAGUAGGUACCUAUUUUACACAACUUCAAUAUUAACAAUUUUCAAAUCCAAAGGUCCACGUCAUCCCGUCCCAUAAAAAUUAUUACAUAAGCUUAUCUAAAAUUAUUUCAAGACAAAAUUUUAAUGCAAUAUACCUAUAUAAGAAUAUGUCCAAAAAAUAAUAAAACCAAAUAGGUUUGCAAUAUUUUUAAGAAGAAAUGAUAGUUAAGUGUCCUUAAAUAAUUCAAAAUACUUAGGUGCAGAACAUAGCAUGUAAGACUGAUGUUAGAAGCUUAAAUACAUAAGUGUGACGUUUUUAAAAAUAGGUACCCAAUUUUUAAAGAUGCGGUGCAAUUUAAUACUGUUAGCUUAGAUUACCUAAUUAGGCGUUUUGUAAUAUUAAAACAAAAAACUUAUGAUUAAAUUAACUGUCUUAAAAAUAUUGCAUUCAAUAAUCGGUUUUAGAGAGCCCUGCUUGAAUAAGUGUAAAUAAGUUCCUAAAAGAUAUUUCCAUACUUUUUACUGGUUAAGCAGUCCUGAAAAAUGUAGCAUGGUAAUAUUAAUAUAAACAAACCAAUUUGCUGUCCUCUUUUUGCCAUUUGCGCCCAGCUUUACCUUUUUGUAACAAAAAUUGCUUAUGUUCCAUGCUGUCCAUCUAUACCGAGUCCGUCAAAAGUAAAAGCAGGAAAUUUAGUUUCGUACUUGUUAGCUACAUACACGGACGUCCCAAUUAAAUAACUAAUAAAAAACAAAAAAUCGUGAUCUCUUAACAGUGCACUGUGUUUCUGCCGCCGUAAGACAGAAAAACCUUCUAUGGUUGAUAUAUUGAUAUUCAUAUAUUUUGUGUAGAUGCGUUUGCUUUCAAACUUUAUGGUUAUUUUAGGGUACAUCGAACGCACUUAUAAUAUUUAUGAUUAAAAACAGUAAAGAGUUAUAUGAAGUUUCUGUUA